UGAUAAGUAAAACUGGAAUUUCAGCAUCGCUGAUUAGGAUCGCCCUGUCCGAAGCACCUUUACAUAAUGGCCAAGCGACAGACUUGGGAGCAGAUGCGCCAGAUCUUUGUCCAGGCGGUAAACGCAGUGCAUCCCGAAAAGGUAUUCGCUGACUUUCAAAAGUUCGAUUUGCGGCCUCAAAUCGGGGAAAACGCAACGGAUAUAUCCAUAAAACUCAAUGGAGAGCGCCAAGACAUCAGCGGCAAGACCUGCCACAUAGUGGGGUUUGGCAAAGCAGUCCUGGGAAUGGCCAACAAAGUGCAACAGGAUUUGGGAGCCACCUCGGCCGGUGGAGUCCUCAGUGUACCGGUAAACACCCUGAAGCAGUUCCAACAACCGGUGGCACCUGGUUUGGUUGUCCACGAAGGAGCAGCCAACAAUCUGCCGGAUGAGAAUGCUCUCAAGGCAGCCCGGGAAAUCAAGCAGCUGGCCGAAAAGAUGACUGCCCAGGACAUCCUCUUCGUCUUCAUCUCCGGUGGCGGUUCUGCCCUUUUGCCCUUGCCCCGGUCACCUUUGACGCUGGAGGACAAGCGCAGCAUAGCGGAUAAGCUCAUGAAGCGGGGAGCCAGCAUACAGGAGAUCAAUGCUGUCAGGAUUGCUUGCUCGGACAUAAAGGGCGGUCGCUUGGCCAGGUUGGCCGGCCAGGCGGGACUCCUGGUGACCUUUGUGCUCAGCGACAUCAUCGGUGAUCCCUUGGAGCUGAUAGCCUGCGGUCCCACCAUACAACCCGAGGCGGCAGCAUCUCCAUCCGACAUCCUUAAAAAGCAUCAUGUGUGGGAGGAGCUGUCCCCCGAGAUUCGGCGGGUCUUUGAGCAGCCGGAGGAGCAGAAGAACACAUCGCUGCCCGAGCACAAGGUUUUUGUGGUGGGCAGCAAUGUGAUAGCCACUUCCACAGCGGCUCAUGAGGCCGAAAGGCUGGGCUACAUUCCGUGCGUGCUCAGUUGUGCUGUCCAGGGAGAUGUGGCUCAAGUGGCUGGCGACUAUCAGAGAUUGCUGCACGGUAUCCAGGAGGCCAAGCAGCAUGGCAUACUGGAUCCUCAACUCAGGGAGAAGUACGCCUUUGGGGAGAGAAGUUAUCCGACUUUUCGGAGGGCCCUAGAGGACCACAUGAGCAGCAAGAAGCCACUGUUCCUGAUCUGUGGAGGAGAGCCAGUCAUUAAAGUUUCUGGCCAUGGAUUGGGCGGCAGAAGCCAGCACUUGGCCCUGCUGAUGUCGCAGGCUCUGCACCGCGACGAGGCCAUGCGGGACUGCACCUUCCUGAGCGCCGGAACCGACGGCAUCGAUGGACCCACCGAUGCGGCCGGAGCUUUUGGAGACAGCAGCGUGGUGGAAUCCUAUCUGGGUGAUCAUACCCUCGAUGAACUGGCCGAAACGCUGCGAAACUGCGACAGCUACAACUUUUACAAGAAUCUCGCGCAGGGAGAGCACCACGUGCUCACUGGACACACGGGUACCAAUGUGAUGGAUCUGCAUUUCCUGGUCGUGCCGUAGUGUAACGCCCUCGCUCGCCGAUAAAUCCAUUUAGUUGUAUACUUGCAUAUACAUAUAUGUACAUAUGUGGGGCAGUUCGUUAAUGGAGCUGCUCUUGAACCGCAGACGGGCAAUAGUCGUUUAAAUUUGUUUUUACGAUUUUCCUCUUUAAUUUUGCUCUAUGAAAUUUUUACGACUUUUUUCAUUAACAUUUUUAAUAUCCAUUCAAAUUCAAAUAAUUUUGUGAUCUUUAUGCUCUGAGACGGUCUUCAGUGACAGCAUAAAACGGCAAUUAGCUUUCGUCUCCGGUUAUGAAAUCAGCCUGGAAUUGUCUUGAUUGUAAUUAUGUGGCAGGCAAUAGGCAAACCGAACGACAGAUGUGAUAAAUCAAUUUGUAUAUGCGAUCACCACGGAGCAUAAAUAUAUCUGAGUAAUUUCCAUUUAAUUUCCAUUUCUUUUGUACUGCGUCUCAUAAAAAUGCGCUGCUAAUAAAUCAUCUUAAUUGUUCGAAACGCCAAAGGCAAACAGUAGCCAACGAGCAACUACAACAAUAGCCAGCGAUAAUUGCAAUUAAAAAUGUAAAUUUAUUUGCUUCGCUUUAUUUUUAGACAUACUGAAAAACUAAAACGCGACGCGCGCCCAGUUGCAAUUUAGCGAUUUUUACUAUAGCUAACACUUGAGUGCAUAUUUCUCUAAUUGUGAUUGUUUUGCCCGCUUCUAUCAACGCUUCUUAUUGUUUACUUCGCGUGGAACACCAGCACAUACAUAUAAGUAGUAUUAUUAUUUUGCCGCGCAUAUGCCACAAUUAUUAAAUAAUCACAUUCGCCAGUCACUCUCUUGAGCUAUUUUUGCUCGAUUAGGUUUGUUAUUAACUGCAUUUCGCAGUGCACGCCUUCAGAGAUGACUAAGUUCUGAUUCCUUUGUAACUUAUACUAUGACUAAUCUAAGAUAUCUACCUACUGCGCACAACAGUCAAUUGUCUCUGUGAUUGUGAUUGUUCUAAGAUACAAUUGAUAUGUUCUGCUGCACAAUGAAUGCUCCCACUUUAAAUUUGUGGAGUAAUUCCAAAAGGAUAUAAGUGUCUAAUAAGUGUGCUAAAUCAUUUCAAUUGUAACAAAUUUGUACUUAUAUAUAAGAUUUCAAGAGCUCGCUUCUGAGAUAAGAGGCUACCAGGAAGUGCCAGCCUCCAAUUAAGAGCUCAGCUGCCCACUGGUGGACACGAAGGGCCCACUCGGAGAUCCGUGGCUGGCGAUUAGAAACGUUUCCGUUUCCGCUUCGAUGGCACAGAUGUCAUCAUCAUCGGCGGCAGCUAUAUUUAACAUUUUUAUUAACCACUGACCACCAGCAACUCCCCUCCCACAGAUGUGGAAUGUCGCGUCAAUUUGUCUGGCCCGGCAUGGCAACAAUCUCGGCGGGCAUCUCAUCCUCACCAUCACCAUGAUCAUCAUCUUCAUCAUCAUCAUCAUGAGCAUCAGCAUCGCCAUCAGCAUCGGAGCAGCAGAUACGGCCAUCGCCAAGAUGGAGUACAAGUGUCGCGUUGAUUUAUUAAUUAAGCAUUGGAGCGCGGCAGCUGAGCAACGCGUGGCAGCUGACGACGAUGCUAAUGAAGUACUCGCUGGAAAUUUUAAUUAACGAUCUCCGAUCCGAUCGCCAUAUAGCAUAGAUUCCUCUUGUGUUGACUUAUGACAUCACACCCCGAAUAGCGCAACACCAGCUGCCAGCGAUCUCAUUGCCAGACAAACUGACGACGCUUAUCACACAAUGUACAAAAAGCGCUCCAAACAAGUGGCACUGGGCAACAUUGCGUAUACGCCGCAUGGCCCCAAAGCCAACAAUUAAACACUAUUCACCGCAUGUCGCCUGCGGGCGACAUACAUAAAUUUCAUUCGGUCGCCGCUGCUCUUAAUUUGUCUAGACAAUGGCAAAGUUCACUCCGAACAAAUAUAAUAUAGGCAAAGUUCAAUUGGCGCUCUUGUCAGCUGCCUUAGUUGGGGGCAAAUGGACACAAAUUCCAGAAAAGGAACGGAAGGCACAUGCAUUCUGUUGGACUAUAGUCUUGGCUACGCUCAUGUGAAUCACUUUUCAAACUUUCGGAUGGAAUCUCUUAAUUUGAACCAGAUGUGUGGCGCCAACUUGGGACAGAUUUUGGGGGCGCAACGAACUUAUGUGGCAAUGAACUUGACACUGGUUACUCCGAAGACGAUUGCCGAAUUUUCAUUUUCCCUUCCCAUCCCUUCAUCUAGAACUUCAUUU